CCAUCGCAAGCUUCAACACCCGCAGCACUCACUUCUUCUCCCAAAUCCAGCGACGAUGUCCGGGCGCGGCAAGGGCGGCAAGGGUCUGGGCAAGGGCGGCGCCAAGCGCCACCGGAAGGUCCUCCGCGACAACAUCCAGGGCAUCACCAAGCCGGCGAUCCGGAGGCUGGCCAGGAGGGGAGGCGUCAAGCGCAUCUCCGGCCUCAUCUACGAGGAGACCCGCGGCGUCCUCAAGAUCUUCCUCGAGAACGUCAUCCGCGACGCCGUCACCUACACCGAGCACGCCCGCCGCAAGACCGUCACCGCCAUGGACGUCGUCUACGCGCUCAAGCGCCAGGGCCGCACCCUCUACGGCUUCGGAGGCUAGAUGCGUUGCGUAGUGGAGCAACUUGCUCGUUUGCUCUGCGUGAUGUGUGCUGUGGUG